AUGGAUGUCGGCACCACCAUGCGCGCCGGGGAAAAAAUUUUGCGGGACGCCAAGAAGAACACCCGGGGACCUUGUCGCCAGUUGAGUACGGCGAAGCUCACUCGGGUGACCAACAGUCGUAUCAACAUCAGAUACGACGAGCGUCAUCGGGCUGCACCUACUGCGGACCAACAUAGCUCAUUGGCCCACGAUGUUGGUUCAGUCAUUCGGACCCAUUGUCCGAUGAAAUGGAAGUCUUGGAAGGCCAUGCCUAACGAGGUGCAGAUGGAGGUGCGUGGACAGCUGUCGAUCAACUACAAUUUAGAGAAUCUCAACGAUGAUUUGUUCGGGUACAUCAAUAGACUGUUUGCGGAUAGGUACAAGCAGUGGAAGAGCAACCUGCACCACCAUUUUCAGGCAUAUGAUGAUCCGCAGGUUGCUCUUCUGGAGGGUUGCCCGAAGGAGCUUGAGGGGCGGGAGGAUAGUUGGGAGUGGCUCUGUGCAAAUAAGGGCAAUAGGGCGAAGAAGACUCUUCUCCACCAUUCAGGUGCCAGGCCCUUCUCCUAUAGGAUGGAGGCGCGGCGGCAGGAGGGGUCCAAAUUCCCAGAGAUUGAUGUCUUUGGCGACGUUUAUGUUCGACCUGGGAAUGAGUUGGCGGAGUCCAUUCAUAUGACCAUGAUUGAGAAGAGCCAGUUGGUUCUUCAGGAGUCCGCCUCUCAGCUUCCUCCCGAUACGCCGCUCGAGUCCGUGGCUCCUCCACCAGAUGCAGGGUUUCAGAUCUUGACGGAGGCUUUGGAGCAGACUCUCGGGAGGCGGCCAGGGACAUAUUGUCGAGGGAUGGGGAAUGCCCGGCGGCGGGAACCUAGAUCCCGUUCAUCGUCCCAGUCAAACAGUGCUAUGACAGCAAUGAUGGCCCAAUUUGAAGCCCGGAUGUCCCAGAUGGACCAGCUUCAAGCCCGGGUGGCCCAGAUGGCCGAGCUUGAAGCAAAGGUGGCCCAGAUGGGCGAGCAUGAAGCCCGGAUGUCCCAGAUGGAUUCGUUCUUACAGUCCCUCGCCCAGUCCGGCAUUCCUGUACCGUCUUUUGUUCCUUCAUCCACCUCUGAGCCCAUCCAACCCGAGCAUGGCCAUCAAACCUCUGCCCCUGUCGACAAUGUCCAGAUCGGAGACCAAGUAGAUUAUCAAACAAUGUUUGAUUAG